CAGGCACUUGUCCUCAAUUUAUGGGAUUUUGCGGAAGAGGACCUGGUUUCUAGAUCCAGAACUGAUUCUGGUGCUGCUUGAAGAAUGGAUGAUGACGAUUUUGGCGGUUUUGAGGCUGCAGAGACAUUUGGUGAUGGAAAUGGAGAAGCCCAGACGACGUCCCCUGCGAUCCCAUGGGCCGCCUUCCCCACAGUGUCUGGAGUGCACCUUGCACCUGCCGCUCCUGACAUCGGAGUGGAUCGUGACUGUCCUUCCCUUGGCUGCCUCUCCCCGGAUGCCAUUGUGUCCUCAGCGGAGAACACACACGCAGAAAGUAUCCAGCCGUCAGCCCACACUCAUCUGGAUAUCUCCCUUUUCCCGCUGAGUUUAACUGAUGAGAAAGGCCAUGGGACACUCACCCUUGUGGACGACUCGGAGGGGCCUGCAGCCAACAUGUCAGACAUCCAGCUGCAGCAGAAAAUUUCAAGUCUGGAGAGUAAGCUCAAAGCGUCUGAAGAAGAAAAACUGAGAAUUAAGAAGGAGGUUGAAUCAUUGAUGGAGAAGCAUAGUGUCUUAGAAAAAGACUUCCAGAAAGAAAAGGAGCAAGAGGCUCUUUGUUUUCAAGAUAGAUACAAAGAACUUCAGGAGAAACAUAAGCAGGAGCUGGAAGACAUGAGGAAAGCGGGUCAUGAUGCUCUCAGCAUUAUUGUGGAUGAAUAUAAGGCGCUCCUGCAGUCUUCAGUUAAGCAGCAAGUCGAAGCUAUUGAGAGACAGUACAUUUCCGCCAUUGAGAAGCAAGCCCAGAGGUGCGAGGAGCUGCUGAAUGCCCAGCAUCAGAGGCUCCUGGAAAUGCUGGACACGGAGAAGGAACUCCUAAAGGAAAAAAUAAAGGAAGCUUUGAUUCAGCAAUCUCAAGAACAGAAGGAACUACUGGAAAAAUGUCUGGAGGAAGAAAGACAAAAAAAUAAGGAGGCAUUGGUGUCUGCAACAAAGCUUGAGAAAGAAGCUGUGAAGGAAGCAGUUUUAAAAGCCAUAGAAGAAGAAAGAAAAAGUUUGGAAAAAGUCCACGCUGAGGAAAGGGAAUUAUGGAAGACAGAGCAUGCGAAAGAUCAAGAAAAGGCAUCGCAGGCGCUUCAGACAGCUUUGCAGCAACAAAGGAAAGAAAGUGAGGAAACUGUUAAAGCAGCAAUAAGAGAGGAGCAGAAACGCAGUGGAAAGGCUGUGGAAGAGGCAGUGAGAAGAACAAGAGAGGAAUUGAUAGAAUAUGUAAAGGAACAGAAAAGGCUUGAUCAAGUCAUCCGCCAGCGAAGCCUGUCUAGUCUGGAACUGUUCCUGUCCUGCGCUCAGAAACAGUUAAGCGCCUUAAUAGCUACGGAGCCUGUGGACAUUGAGUAAGGAAGUGCCCUGGCGUUAUGUAAAUCGUUAGACCUCUCAAAUACAUGCUGUGAAUGAUCAAGA